GGCAGCAGAAACGAGAGAAUAUAUUAAUGAGGCUGUGAAAGCGUGAACCUUGGAUCAAAACAGCUCCGUUUUACUUUGUUUCCUUUUCUUUUUUAUUUUCUCGCGCACUUUCUCGCUUCCCAAACAAUGCCUCUCUCGCCUUAAAACCCUCUCUGGUUUCCCGGACUGUGAUAGCGGGUUUCGUGUUUUUAUUAUUUGAAUAAGUAAUCCAAUGGGAGCUCGCUGCUCCAAGUUCUCGCUCUGCUUUUGGCCAUCGCAUCUCAAGUCCAACCGCUUCAACGACUGCUCCGAUCUCGAGGACGGGAGCAACGGAUUACCGGCUUUUAGAGAGUUCAGUUUGAGUGAGCUGAGAACUGCUUCCUCGGGUUUCGAUAGGGACAACAUUGUAUCAGAGCACGGAGAGAAAGCUCCCAAUGUGGUCUACAGAGGUAGGCUUCAAGACGGUUGCUGGAUCGCCGUUAAACGCUUCAACAAGUCUGCCUGGCCCGACACCCGUCAAUUCCUCGAGGAAGCAAGAGCCGUGGGGCAGCUGAGGAGCGAAAGGUUGGCAAAUUUGAUAGGGUGCUGCUGUGAAGGCGAGGAGCGAUUGCUUGUCGCUGAAUUCAUGCCUUACGAGACACUCUCUAAGCACCUUUUUCAUUGGGAAAACCAGCCCUUGAAAUGGGCAAUGAGACUGAGAGUGGCUCUUCAUCUGGCACAAGCUUUGGAGUAUUGCAGUAGCAAAGGGAGGGCAUUGUACCACGAUCUUAAUGCUUAUAGGAUUUUGUUUGAUCAGGAUGGAAAUCCUAGGCUCUCCUGCUUUGGCCUUAUGAAAAAUAGCAGAGAUGGGAAGAGCUAUAGCACAAACUUGGCUUUCACCCCUCCAGAGUACUUGAGAACAGGAAGAGUGAUACCAGAGAGCGUGGUUUAUAGCUUCGGUACCCUGUUGCUUGAUCUUCUCAGUGGCAAACAUAUCCCUCCCAGCCAUGCACUGGACUUAAUACGGGGCAAAAAUUUUCUGAUGUUGAUGGAUUCAUGCUUGGAGGGUCCUUUUUCGAAUGAAGAUGGAACUGACUUGGUGCGAUUAGCUUCACGUUGUUUACAAUAUGAAGCUCGUGAGCGGCCAAAUGUAAAAUCCCUUGUAACUGCACUUUUUCCUCUUCAGAAAGAAACUGAGGUACCAUCAUAUGUUUUAAUGGGAUUUACAGAAAGGAUCCCAUGCCCAAAGCAAACAUUAACACCUCUUGGAGAUGCUUGUUCAAGAUUGGAUCUUACUGCAACACAUGAAAUAUUGGAGAAAGUUGGAUAUAAGGACGAUGAAGGGAUUGCAAAUGAGCUUUCUUUCCAAAUGUGGACAGAUCAAAUACAGGAAACGUUGAAUGCUAAGAAGCGUGGAGAUGCGGCUUUUCGAGCAAAAGACUUUGCGACCGCCAUUGAUUGUUACACACAAUUUAUUGAUGGGGGAACCAUGGUGUCACCAACUGUAUUUGCCAGACGCUGCUUGUGCUACCUGAUUAGUAACAUGCCCCAAGAAGCUCUUGGGGACGCCAUGCAAGCUCAAGUGAUUUCUCCGGCCUGGCCAACUGCCUUCUAUCUUCAAGCUGCUGCGCUCUUCAGCCUUGGAAUGAGCAAUGAUGCCAAUGGAACACUAAAAGAUGGAACGUCCUUGGAAGCCAAGCGACGUAGGAACUGAUAAUGUAUAGGGAUUAUCCCCUUUUCUACUUUAAUUGGUUGUAACUAUCUUUGUCUGUUGAUCUCCAGCAUUUUGAGUUUCUACAACACCCUCUGGGUUUAUUGCAACAUUUAUAUUCAAAGACGAUGGAAGUCCAAAGUUUCAAUCUUUC